AGCUGAAGAAGAUGAACUUGAAGGACUUGAUAUAGCAGCACAUGGUGAAAGUUGGGAAAUAACUGCAUCAAGGGCUGUUAGUGAUCUUGUAAAAAAAGUUCUACAAGAACAAGAUGUUACGAAAGAGGAAGCUGAGAAUACUGGAACUUUUGAAUUACAUUACAAUCCCAAAAAUCCAAAUAAAAAAGCAUUAAAAAUUCCUCUCUUCAAACGAAUAAGAUCACGCCAUUGUAAACUUGAUACUGAUCCACUAAAUACUAAUUCACUGCAGCACAACGAUACCAAAACAAAGUUGAAUGUCGAUGCAAUUAAUAGACAGCCAAUUAAUGCACAUGUUAUUAACUUUUAA